ACUUCCCUAAAACCAAACAGAUGGGCACUCUGAGGGAUUGUUAUUAUUUGCAAUAUUCAAGAUGGGAAAUCUCUUCUUUAAUCUGGAGGUAUUGAUUGACAAGAAAAAAUUAGUCUAGGCCAUAGCUUGUGGUGGGCGCUUCCAUGAAUAAAGGAUAUUGAAGUUGGUAGUUCUUUCUCUUCUUGCCAUACACUGGCUAGAAAGAUCAUUUUAUUUUUCUGGCAUUAGCAUCUCCUUCUCUUUAAUUCUGGCAUAUGGUAAAGACGAGCUGAGACACACAGCUACUGCUGUAUUCUUCAAAUUUCUUCCAAUACAGUUUUUGUUUUACUAGUUGGACCACAUUCUGUGAGCCAUUCUUAUAUAUCCACUCCAUGCACACAUAGACAGAUCCAUUGUUAUUAGUUCUGUUCAUCUGGAAAACCUUUACUAACACAGAUAUGAUGUUUCACCUUCCCACUGAGGAAGAUGUGCUUCUAACAUUAGUGCUCCGUAGCUGUCGGCAUCUAUUCCCUGCUAUUCUCCCAGGGUUGUUUGCAGUCUCACAUGUAGCAGUUGAAUAUUAGCUGCAAUUUUCCCGACGUCAGCGUACAAUCAGAGAAACAAACAUCACACUUUGUGUCCUAAAGUCUCUCUUUAAUUGUUACUAUCCUUGGAACCUAUACUUCAGUCUGCUCCAAGCUGAAUACUGUACCUUGCAAGUUAUCCCUCUUGAUUGAGGAGCAGCAACAGCAGCAAGAGCAGGAGGAAGAAACUCCUGCUGAGUGCUGGAAGGCAGAAAGAUAGGUUAUUGGAAGACACGCAAAAGAGAUAUUGAAAUAAAAAUCUUGCAGCUCUGAGAAGGGUAAGCUCCUGGACUAGAAUCCUGGGCCAGGAAACGCUAUGCUGUGUGACUUCAGCAAACUCUAAUCCUACGGGAGGGGUUCAUGUCACUCAAGAUUCACUGGCCAAUCAGGGCGUCCAGGCAGGCCCUCCACUAGUAGAAGAGGAGUGUACUUCCUGGUGCCCUGUUUCCAGCAGUCGAUUUACCGGAGUUGCUUAGCGGGCUUGAAUGAUUGGCCUGAUGUGUUUUGAUGUCGGCUUCCUGGUGUCUUAUGGACGUCCUGGCAAUCUACUAAGUCGGGACAUGAAGACAGUGACUUUUGAGGAUGUGCAUGUGAACUUCACUCAGGAAGAGUGGGCUUUGCUGGAUCCCUUCCAGAAGAAGCUCUACAAAGAUGUCAUGCUGGAGACCUACAGGAACCUCAAUGCUAUAGGCUUUAAUUGGGAAGACCAAAAUAUUGAGGAACAUUGUCAAAGAUCUAGAAGACAGAGAAGGUACUUCUUAAAUGCAAACUCAUACAAAUAUGCCUCUGAAGAAAUUUUAAUGUGUGUUGAAAGUUUGAAAGUAAAGCAACAGUGUAAAUAAGAACUGCUUUAAGUAUAUUGGUGAUCGAUACAUUCUAACAAAACCAUGGUAUUCCAUGUGCUUUUAUCUGAUUUGUUUUUGCAAUGCAAUUUUUUAAGAAAGUGGACUUGGAAACAAUGCCUUAGUGUAUAUCACCAUUUGAAAGACAGCCCUAUUACAACUACACUGUACAACUGGCAAUACAUUUCUGCUAAUUUUGUAAAAGCUCCACAUGUUGAAUAGUUGACAAAUACAUGUCGAAAAGCUUCUAAUAAGCUUAUUCAGAUAUUAAUAGUGACAUUAUUAGAUUUAGUGAAAUGGGCAGAUUAUUUGUUGUAAGAAGGAUGUUGUGCAGUAACCUCAAUCCCUAUAUCACAUGUCUAUGAAGAACAAAAUGUUAAAUUAUGUGAAUGGAGUGUGUUCGUCAUCCUUUCAUAGAUAUGCCAUAUAUCAUAAUGAACACAAACCAUGUAUAUAAAAGGGAUAUUGAAGGAAACAAUGUGCCUCUCUCUCUAUCUAUCUAUCUACCUAUCAAAUUAUGUAUCUAUUUAUCUAUAUCUAUCAUAUCUAUCCAUGCAUCCAUUCUUCAAUCUAUUUAUCUUUCUACCUAUCUUUCUAUCUAUGUAUCUCAAUCUUUUUCUGACACUCUCUCUCCCAUAGCAAUGAGAAGAUAUAUAGUGGGUGGCUAUUAUACUAGACUGUUUCAAUAUGAUAAAUGUUUACAAUCAAUUAUUUUUCCAACUUCAUUGGCAAUACAUAUGGAACCUCAAUUUGUAAUAAAUUCUCCUGAGUACUAGGAA